AUGGAUAUUGAUGAUUCAGAUGGUAUUCAUGGAGUGAUUCCGGCACAUGAAUUAUCUGCAGAUGAAGAAAUCACAUUGAACAUCGACGACAUCCGAACAGAAUUUCACCCCCACUCUGAAAUCCCAAUGCAGACACAAACAUUCUCGACAUUUCAAUGCGACAUCUCACAGGACCCACCAAUUCCCAACAAACAACCCUGGGAGCCAUUUCAAAGCCGCCUGGACUUUGAUGUCGCUGAGCUUGCUCACAAAACUGCCCUCAGAAAACCUCAAAUUGAACGACUGAUCAACCUCCUGCAUCGCUUGAAGCAAGAGUCCUUCACACUGCACAACCACAAUGAUAUUCAUAAGACAUGGAAUGCUAUGUCUCAUCGUCUAACACCAUUUCAAAAACAAACCAUCAGAGUACCAUAUGACGGAGUUGAUCAAGAAUUCACAUUUCACUACCAGGACUUGUGGGACUGGGCAUGUGACCUUCAAGACCCUUACGUUGGCCCACAGUUUACUUUCAAUGCUCAACGCCUGUUGAAAUUUGAUGGGCAGAACUUCGUGCGAUUUAUCGAUGAGCCCUGGACUGCAACACUUUUUGGGAUGCUCAGUCAGCCAUGCCUGCAGAUGGGAAGCCUCUUGGAUUCAUACUAUAUGCAGACAAAGUGA